AUGUCAUCAAAAGCCGAAACAACGCCUCUCCUUCCCCAAUACCAUCAGUCGGAACCCUCCAAUACGUCACCGCGUGGAAAUCGUCCACCACGAACAGUGACCUUCAACCCCCUAGCCACAAUCAGCACAUAUGGCGAUGCCGCUCCCUCAAAUCCGGCGCUCCAACCACUCCAUUCCGCCUCACCUCCCGUCCAUGGCGGCCAGCCCAGAACAACCGGUCUAUCAGCCCUGAACAGCAAGCUCCGCCGGCGUAACAGCCAAGGAGCUGCUCCGUUCAAUGCACCCUCGAGUCCCUCAUCAGCGUCAAAAAUCGGUCCGCAGCGAACGACAAAAAAAGCGCAGAAGUUGAAGCUUCUUCCGGAUCCGGAGACGGCUGCUGAAGAGGAGGUUGUGGAGGGUGAUUUCCCGCGAGAUGUCUAUUCGCAGAUUACGCGGAUUAAGGAGCCUACGGCGAGGAGUCAUGCGGCAAGACUGGGGAAAGCGGAUAGGGAUAGAUUGCCCCGGGUCACGGCAUAUUGUACGGCGAAUUCGUACCGGUUGGAUGGGGUGAUUAGGUUCCUCAAGUCGAGGUCGAAUACCCGUGGUGCGAAUCCGAAGCUUUACGACGAAUGUGUUUACUCGCCGUAUGAUUAUGAGCAUGAAGACAAGAAAAAGGGGACACGGAUUUUUGGGGAUAAUGGAUUUAAUACGGAGGGGAAUCGGCCGUCCGGUGAACGCAGAUAUUCGGAUAGUGCUGUUGAAGUGCCCGAUAAUAAUAUUCGGAGAGGAGAUCUGAUCGAUCUUCAAGGCCCGGAUUCACAUCAUGAUGGUGAUCAUACUGCUGGUGCUGUUGAGUCGACGGGACGGACGGACGAGAUUCAAGAUUUCGAUACGACAAUCCACACUCCUGAAGUAUUCCUAUUCGAUUACGGCACGGUUGUCUUAUGGGGCAUGUCCCCGGCACACGAAUCACGGUUCCUCUCUGACAUUUCCAAAUUCGCGACCUCGAUCCUGAGUCCGGAAGACACCCAAAUCGAGAAUUUCAACUUCUAUUACGCCCGCGAGUACCAAGCCCGGAUAUACAACGACUUCAUCUCCCUCCGCGACCCUCGAAACCACAUGAUCAAACUCGCCAUCUCGCACGCCUUAUCUCAAUCCGUGAAAACCUCUCUAUUCGAAGACAUCGUCUCAGAAACCAUCUCAAGCACCGCACCCUAUCCCGCCCAAAUCGCCCAAACGGGCAGCGUCAAUCUCACUCGCCGACAGAUCAACAUGCAAAUCGGUGAACUGUUCAUCUUACGAAUCAACAUCCAUCUACAAGGCUCUGUCCUCGACAGCCCGGAGCUCAUGUGGGCAGAGCCGCAGCUAGAACCGGUGUACCAGGCCGUCCGAAGUUAUCUCGAAAUGGACCAGCGAGUAAGCUUAUUGACUGAGCGACUGGACGUUAUUGCGGAUCUUCUUGCGGUGUUGAAGGAUCAAUUGACGCAUCGCCAUGGCGAGUAUCUGGAAUGGAUUGUCAUCGUCCUUAUUGCCGCGGAGAUCCUCGUCGCAGCCAUCAACAUCGUGGUUGAUUUGUAUGCUGGAGUCGACUAA